UUUCAACAAGGCAUAAUUCAUGCGAUAAAAAUUUGCGAAUUUCAUUAGGUCACAACUUUUAAAUAUGAUAUAUCAAUUACGACAUCAUUUCUAACUAUUCUUUAUAUAAAACUGUUACUUUGUAUUUGUUAAAUGAAACUUGAAAACAUUUUUAAUCAUCGUAUGCAAAAAGAGUUGUUAAACAUGAGCCUGCCUAAAUAAAUGAUUUUAAUUUAGUUCGAAAGUGAUUUCUAUAUUAUAUGCGAACAAAACAAGUAUGUAAUAAAGUAGACAAAAAUGUACAAAAUUGGAAAGAGGAACUUAAAAAUACUAUGCAAAUAUUUCCAAAUUUUAUUACUAUUGAAGAAGAAAAUUCAUUAAUGAAAGAAAUUGAAUCUUGUGUAAAAAGGCUCAGAUAUGAACAAUCUCAUUGGGAUGAUGCUAUACAUGCUUACAGAGAAACAGAGCAAAGUAAGUGGAAUGAAGAUAAUCUAAAAAUAAUAAACAAAAUUCGUGAAAAAGCAUUUCCCAAAGGAAUGUCUCAAAUUCCAUUAAUACAUAUUUUGGACUUAGCGCCAGAAGGAUGGAUAAAACCCCACAUUGACAGUACUAGGUUCUGCGGAGAGAUAAUUGCUGGUUUAAGUUUAUUAAGCGAUAGUGUAAUGAGAUUAACACUGGUUGGAAAUGAAACAUUAUACAAACAAGAUUUUCUGCUACCACGAAGAUCUCUAUACAUAAUGAGUUUCAGUAUUACAUUUCUAUUACAGAUAGCACACAGCAAAGGAAUUUUUAAGGAAAGAAAACCACUCGAAAAUAAACGUAAAAAUACCGUCUGUGAUAUCGCUGAAAGUAAUGCACAAAAUGAGAUGGCAUGUAAGAAAAGAAAGAUAAAAGAGGAUCAUAGUCUUAAGAAAACAGAGAUGCUAGAGAUUAAUAAUAAGGAAAACACGAGUGUAAAUAAAUCGAAAAAUGUAUUAGACAAUUUAAAUGAAAAAAAACAAUUGCAUAAUGUGAAAUCAGUUGAAAGUAAUAUUAGACCACCUAUAAACUUAGAUUCUAUAAAAAAAUGUAAGUCAGAUGUGAAAAAAGAAUCAGGAAUACUUAGUAAUAAUGUGUCUGAACAAUCUGAUGAAAUCAGAGAAUUAAAUUGUGAUUUAAUAUCAUACAGUUUAGAUGACUGUUUUGAGGAAGAAUGGUUUACAGAUAAACAGAUAAAUCUAAAUUCUUUACAACGAUGCAAAAUAAUUGAUAUGAAAAAGGAAUGUAGUUAUAUAUUAUUAACUGUAAUAAAUUUUGAAUUCGAAAUGUCUAGUACAAUUGUUAAAUGUUCAGGCUUUUGGAAAGAUGUAAAAGUAGAAAUAAAUGAUAUUAUUGCCAUUGAAGCAAGAAAAGAAAAUGAAUAUUGGGUUGUAGACAAUAAUAGCGGUUACAUUGUUAUUCAUCCAGAUCUAUUAAUAUCUGGGACAACAAUAGUCAGUGGUCUAUUUUGUAGUAGAAAAGCAAUUUUAGCCGAAAAAUUUCGGAAAAUAGAAUCUCUUCCUUACUUCAAGGGAGAUCAAACUGCAAUUGUUAUUGGAUGUUUAGCUCAUCAAUUGCUACAGAAAGCAGUACUCCAAGACAUUCAUAAGCUUUCAGACAUUACGGAAUUACUAAAUUGUAUAUUGGAGUCCAAAGAAACAAUAAAUAUGCUUUAUGCAGCAGGAGUUCCAUUCGAUACAUGUAAAGAAGAAAUGCUUUUAUUUGUACCAAAAAUAUUUAAAUUCAUCCAACACUAUCUAAAAAGUAACAAACAAGAAGAAAUAAGCAAUAUAAAAGAUAAUUUUCAAGGAAGAAUUACUCAUAUACGUGAUAUAGAGGAAAAUAUUUGGUUACCUAAGUUGGGUAUAAAAGGUAAAGUAGAUAUUACGGCAGAAGUUCAAAUGAAUUCCAGACGAAAAAUUGUGCCUAUUGAAGUUAAAACAGGAAAGCCUUCAUUUUCUUUAGAACAUAAAGGUCAAAUUAUCCUGUAUAUUAUGAUGAUGGCUCUUACUGGUCAAGAUACAGAUACAGGAUUGUUAUUGUACCUCCGAGAGAAUAGUAUGCAAAUAAUUAAUAGUGGACAUCCUGAAAGAAGAGAUUUGAUACUGCUAAGAAACGUCUUAGCCAAUUAUUUUGCUAAGCCAGUUGGGACAUAUUCGAAUUCAAUUUCCGACUUACAGUGGCAAACAUUAAAUUUACCUGAACCAAUUAACCAUCAUAGUGCCUGUUCCAAGUGCCCUUACAAUGCAUUAUGUUGCGCUUAUUUAAGAAAAGACACUGAAUUGCAAUUAUCAGAAUCUCAUCCAUUAAUGAAACUCAGCAAACAAAUUUUAGAUAAAUUUAAGCCUUCGCACAUUAAUUAUGUUUUACAAUGGAUAUCAUUAUUACAAAUGGAGCAAACUGCACAAUCCAAUGAUAAUUCAAUGGUACAUUUAUGGACCCUAAGUCCAGAUAAAAGAGAAAUGAAGAAAGCUUGUAUUUGCAAUUUGAAAAUAAUAGGAAAGGUAAAAGAAUACAAUGCAAAAUAUCAUCACACGUUUAUUCGCGAAAGUUCAAACAUAGAAGAAGCGGAAAAUAAUAUUCCUUACAUGGAAUUUACAGAAAAUGAAUAUGUGUUGGUCAGUACGAAUACACGAAUAAACAUAUCGGCUGGAUUUAUAGCGCACAUAAGUAAAAAUUCUGUGGUUGUUAUGCUUGAUAGGGAUAUCACUAAAUAUAACAGUAAUGAAUCAUUUCAUAUAGACAAAUAUUCAUCAUCGAAUUUGUUUUCCUUAAAUCUUGCAAACGUGGGCGGCUUAAUGGGUGACGAUGAAAUUUGUGCAAAGUUACGGGAUAUUGUAAUAGAUAGAAAACCAGCGACAUUCGACAAAGGAGUACCGCAAUCUAUCAUAUGCAGAAAUUCGAAAAUAUUACACGGUCUGAACGAAAGUCAGCAAAGAGCAGUUUUAAAAGCACUUACCGCUAAUAAUUACAUGUUGAUUAAAGGGAUGCCAGGUACAGGAAAAACACAAACGCUGAUAGCUUUAAUAGAACUAUUACACGAGAUAGGGCAAUCAGUUUUAAUUACAUCUCACACAAAUAGUGCAGUGGAUAAUAUCUUAUUAAAAUUAUUGGAUAAGAAUAUUGAGUUUUUACGAUUGGGAUCGUCAUCGAUUCAUCCAUCAUUGAAAUCUAAUAGUGAAAGAUAUGCAACUGCUAAAUGUUGCACCCUUGAGGAUUUAGAAACGGCAUAUUCGAAAAACAUUGUUGGUGUAACUUGUUAUGGUGCUCAUCAUGCACUUCUUGGAAAACGUAUAUUCGACGUAUGUAUCGUAGAUGAAAGUGCUCAGACAAUGCAACCAACUACAUUACGACCAUUGUACAAUGCUCGAAAAUUUGUUCUUGUAGGAGAUCCUGAUCAAUUACCCCCUAUAGUUAAGAGUAACCAAGCCAGAAAACUUGGCGCAGAUGAAUCCUUAUUUGUUAGAUUGGAUAGUGAAAAUAAUACUGUUAUUUUAACAGAACAAUAUAGGAUGAAUAAAUAUAUAAUGAACUUAGCGAAUAAAUUAACAUAUAACGAUCGAUUAAAAGCUGGAAAUAAUUCGAUAGAAAAUGCUGUUUUUAAUGCAGGUCGUAUUGAAAAUUUAAUGAAAUAUCAAAGUUGGAUACAGAAAGUAGUAUCGCAGAAUAUAAGUGACUCUGUAAUUCUAAUAGAUACGGGAUGUACCAAUACAUUAAAAGAUGCUCAUAAAUUUCUUGAUAAAUAUCCAGAAAGCGAUCAAACAUAUUCAAAUGUUUUAGAAGUAGCUAUAUUAUCGAAAUUGGUACAAACUCUUAUAGAGAUGGAUGUGAACCCGAACAAUAUUGGAAUUAUUACACCCUACAGGGCACAAGUAAAUUUAGCAAAGAAAAUAAUUCAGGAAAAUGUUGAAAUCAAUACUGUUGAUCAAUACCAGGGUCGAGAUAAAGAAAUUAUAUUUUACUCUUGUACAAGAAGUUCAGUUAAAAAUAAUAAUAUAAAAGAGGAUCUUGAAGUGCUGGGAGAUCAUCGGAGAUUAACAGUAGCAGUGACCAGGGCAAAGUGUAAGUUGAUUAUUAUCGCUGAUAAGUGUACAUUAUCGCAAUAUUCAGCAUUUAAAAAAUUGUUUGAACUGAUAGAAGAUGAAAACGUUAUAGAUUUAAAUGAUAGCUAUGAAGAUUUCUCAUGGCAAAGUAUUAUAUCUGUAUUAUAGUUAUGUUUAAGUUUUUAUUAGUUUACAGAAUGUAUUAUACGAAUAAAUAAAAAUAUUUUUAUAUUAGUGAUAAAGUAGGUAUGCAAAUAGAUUUUGUAACUUUGAUCAAAAUAAGUACGUAAUAAUUUGUUUCUAUUUAGAAUUACUUGUUUCGUGUGAUUUAUAUAUGUUAUUUAUUAUGAUAUCUU